AUGGCAAAUAUUCCUAGUCUCAUCAUGUGGGGUGCAAAAUCCGUCGAAUUUCUACGAGCGAUUGCUCCCGAGCUCAAUAUGGAAAACGAAACAGAUAGAGAGAGUAUUCUAAAUGCAUAUUUGAAGAAUACGAAUAAUAUUAAUAUACUUUUAAAACAACUCGAAACGAAAGGAAGUGUUAAUCGUGUUCUUGUUAUCGGUCAAACAGGUGCUGGCAAAAGUAGUUUAAUUAAUCUUUUAGCUGGGAAAAAGGUGGCAAAUGUAAGUGAUAGUGCGAAAGGAUGUACAUUCGACUUUAAUACUUAUCAAGUGGAACAUCAAGGUGAAAUUUAUGAAUUAAUUGAUACAGUUGGUUUAAAUGAGGGUGCAAAUGGAACUGUAACAGCAAAACAAGCAAUGAAAAUGUUAAUUAAAUUUAUUAAAGGAAAUAAACGUGGUUUUAGUUGUGUUCUUUUUGUUAUGCCAAAAGGACGAUUAACCGAUUCAUUUGAAAAAAAUCAUAUGUUAUUUUCCAAAACUUUACUAAACAAUCAAACACCAUCAAUUCUUUUUGUUGGUCAUUGUGAAGCCGAUGAACCAAUGAAUUCUUGGAUUUUAAAUAAUGAAAAUAAAGACGCUCUUCAAUCAUAUCAUUUUUCGGAUAUUGUUUGUGGUACAGCUCAAGAUGGUGGUCGAUUCGGUCAAUUACUUCAACCAUUGCGAGAAGAAACUAAGGAAAAUCUAUGGGAAUCGAUUUGUCAGCAUAUGUUAGACACUCCACGUUCAUUAGAACCUAAUAUGCAUUUGUUCAAACGUGUAUGGAAUUCUUUCUGCGAUCUUUUAGGUCUUAAUUGGAAGUUUUUGACUGAUCAAUUUUCAUUAUUUAUUCAAUAUCUUAAAUCAUUAGGUGUCGAUGAUGAAACACUGCAACAAAUCAAUGCAGAACUUCAUUAG